AAUUUAAGAAGUGUAUAUGUAAACUUGGGCACAUUGACAGUAUAUCACAUUGUGGAUUAAAGUGUAACGACCAAUAUAAAUACAGCUUCCACAAAGAGUAUAAAAACUGACACACACUUUUCUUGGUUUAUUGGGUGGGAGGAUGUUAAAUACCUUAGGAUAAGAUAAGUUUUCUAAUACUGGAACUGACUAACUGCCAAGAACACUGCUGUGGUUCUUAUCAGGAAAAAAAGUCUAUUAUAAUCAUUUUAGGUACGAAACUUUCUACGCAUUAGAAUUCUUCCAAGGUGAAAAGCACAUUACUAAGGGAAUUCAUUUUGCAAAGAGGAAUCAUCUUUUUUUUUUUUUUUUUUUCUCUAAAGAUUUUUCAUAUAUUACCAAAAUAGUUUAGGAUUUUAUUAGGAUAUUUCCUCGGAAGUUUGGGGGUUGCGUGUUCUACCAGGUGAUGCCUAAUAAAUGCCUGAUACAGCUCAUGAGUCAAUAAGAGGAGGAUAGAGCGUAAUCCUUGCCAUGCGCUCCGGGCUGCCCCGGGUACUUUCUUUACGGAUGCUGGAUGCUUCCAAGGUAACCCAGUCCUUUCAUUCCCGCUCCUACCGAGAUGCCGGGAAAGCACUGCCGCGCUGAUGCGGGGUAGGCAGGUCCUGCGCCCUGCGAGCGGUAACUGCGCUCGGCGUCGUCCUUCCCGAAGUCCUUGGCUUACGCCUCUUCCCAUCGAGUCGCCCCAAAGCCCCUCCUCCAGUCAUCCCCCUCCUUGUGGGGGCAAAAGUUUAAGGGCGGGCUCCCUUCUCAUUAAAGCGCGCCGGGGCCUCUUUAGUGGCUGGACUGUAAAGGGGCCCGAGGGUCCACGGCGCUUUCCAAGCUCUUCUCUAGCCCCAGCUCGGCGGGUGGGGACAGACGCUGAGACUGUCAGUGGCCUGCGCUGACGCGUCCUGGCCGUAGGGUGCCUCCCAGCUCGAGGGACUUAUUUAAUUAUUUGGGGCAGGGCACCCUGCCAGGACCCCAGAAAGCCGGCGCAGAUUUGGCGGGGACCCCGAGGCUGUGGCGCACUUGCCCCAGCGCAGCGCGAGCACUGGGUGCGCGUGGGUGAGAGUGAGGUUGCGCCCGGGGCCAGCGGGAGGCGGACCCGCCAGGCGGCAGGUGGGUGCGGCCGGCUGGAGCCAGGGCAGCGGCGGCGGCGGCAGCGGCGGCAGCGGCGGCAGCAAGUGGUUGGGCCGUGCGCAUUUCCUUCCCUCCCCCUCGGCCUCGGAGCCCGCCCGCGGUGCCCAGUGUGCGGCGCCUUCGGCUCGGCUCAGCGUCCCCUCCCCGCCACCGCCGGCCGCACCCUUCACGGUCCGUCCAUGUCCCUGCCCGUGGUGCUGCCGGGCUCCUGCUGCCCCGUGGCUGGGCUUUCGGGUGGGCCGCAGACCGGGGGCCCCGGCGCCGCCGCCGCCGCCGCCCAGGAGCCGCCGCUGCCCCCGCUGCGGCCGCGCUGGCCCCGGGGCGCGCUGCAGCCCCCGUCGCGGCCUCGCUGCGCGGCCACCGCUGCCGCCGGGGUUCUGGCCGCGCCGCCGGCGCUCUCCUCCCGCCGGGCGGCCGCCGCCGCUGCCGCCGCGGCCCCGGGCUCUGCGCUGCUGCCCGCCCGCCCGCUUCUGUCACUCGGGCUGCUGCAGCUGAUCCUGGGCUGCUGCAUGGUGGCGCUCAGCUUCGGGGCGCUGUCGCUGAGCAGCUCUCCGCAGGUGAAGAACUCGUGCCCGUUCUGGGCCGGCUCCUCGGUGAUACUCUCUGGAAUCAUAGGAUUAACAACUUGGAAAAGGCCUAUGAUACUCCUGGUAAACCUCUUUGUGCUGCUCUCUGUGGUUUGUGUCCUCUUAAAUCUAGCUGGAUUUAUCCUAGGCUGCCAAGGGGCCCAGUUUGUGUCCAGUGUCCCCAGGUGUGAUCUGGUGGACUUAGGUGAAGGCAAGAUUUGCUUCUGUUGUGAAGAAUUUCAACCAGCCAAGUGCACAGACAAAGAAAAUGCCUUGAAACUCUUUCCAGUUCAGCCCUGUAGUGCUGUUCACCUUCUACUUAAGAAAGUCCUCUUUGCCCUGUGUGCCUUGAAUGCCCUGACCACCACCGUCUGCUUGGUGGCCGCCGCCCUCCGCUACCUCCAGAUAUUCGCAACCAGGAGAUCCUGCAUCGAUGAAUCCCAGAUUUCUGCUGAAGAAGUGGAGGAUCAUGGACACAUCCCGGACCCUGAUGAUUUUGUGCCGCCUGUGCCUCCCCCUUCCUAUUUUGCCACAUUUUACUCGUGCACACCCCGGAUGAACCGCAGGAUGGUUGGUCCUGAUGUUAUUCCCCUGCCACACAUCUACGGAGCUCGAAUCAAAGGUGUGGAAGUGUUCUGUCCUCUGGAUCCCCCGCCGCCGUAUGAAGCUGUGGUGAGCCAGAUGGACCAGGAGCAGGGAUCUUCAUUCCAAAUGGCAGAAGGAUCAGAAGCUGCUAUGAUCCCACUGGAUCCGGGCUGCACACAAGUGACUCAAGGUGGGGCCAUUCCUAACAUACCUGCAGAAGAAAACGCAUCCAUGCCAACUCCCAGCUCAACCCUGGUGCGUCCUGUGAGAAGCCGGAGAGCCCUCCCACCCCUGAGGACGAGGUCAAAGAGCGACCCUGUGCUCCAUCAUGCCGAGGACAGAGCUGCCCCAGUGCUCAGCUGUGAAGCUGCGACACAGACUGAAAGGAGACUGGAUCUGGCUGCGGUGACUCUGAGGAGAGGCUUGAGAUCGAGAGCUUCGCGAUGCAGACCGCGGUCUUUGAUAGAUUACAAAUCCUACCUGGACACCAAGCUGCUGGUGGCAAGGUUCCUGGAGCAGUCCUCCUGUACCAUGACCCCAGACAUCCAUGAACUUGUAGAAAACAUUAAAUCUGUUUUGAAGUCUGAUGAGGAGCACAUGGAGGAAGCCAUCACAAGUGCCAGUUUCCUAGAACAGAUAAUGGCCCCAUUGCAACCCAGCACAUCCAGGGCCCGCACGCUGCCCUCGCGGAGACAGCCUGGCCUGCUGCACCUCCAGAGCUGCGGCGACCUGAGCACCUUUGCACCGGUGGGGAGGCCCCGAGCCGAGAGGAGGUCCCGGCGAGUGGAGGCUGAGCGGCCACACAGCCUCAUUGGGGUCAUCCGAGAGACUGUCCUGUGAACCCUGGAAGACAGAAGGCCACUCCAAGGGAAAGGAUCCACCUCCUCUCUGCCAUUUCCUGCCUGGGAGCUGGGUCCCCCUCAAAAAAAGGAGCACUCUGGAGGACACGUUUUCCCACCUGUUGGCUCCCGUGUCUGCUGACGGAGGACAUUCAGGAGUAAAUGCACAGGUCGGUCCAGGCCCAUCUGGGUUUGGGAUGCACCGCGUUGGAGGUUAUGAAAGCGUUGAUCCUCUCCUUCCCCUGCUGGGCCUCGCGGCAUUCCCAAGGGUCACAUGCCCUGGCACGGGCAGAAACUGGGCUAAUGAUUCUUUGCCCGCCUCACCCCUUGCGUCUCUCUUUGUUGCUAAGUUCUUUCCCUCUUGGAAGGACAGAUCUGCCUGACCGCUAUUUAUAGCUGCCUGUGGCCUUUCACUGCUCUGUGAAUUGGCAGGAAAUAAGGCGAUUAACCCUAUGUGUCCACAAGCCUCAAGCUGUUUCAGGUCACCCUCAAAUCACACUCUCUUUAGGCAAAACCAGAAACUUUUUAAGUGACAAAUUUUAAUGCCAGACAUUUAAGGAGGGGAUUAUUGUUGAUUCCAUUUACUCAUGCUUGCAAAACUAGACACCCCUAAGGCAGAACUGAGAAUAAAAAUGUUUACUUUGGGCCACUGGGCUUGAUGUGUAA